GAUCAAUAUUCAUCCCAUUCAGAUUAUUACUGUCUCUCUCUCACUCUAAUCAACACACACACACACACACACACAAAACACACACACUAAUUUAUCAGUUUUUCUUCAAUUUCUGCUGAAUCUCUGAAUUCUGAUUCACUUUUGAACCGGUGAUCGGAGCAUCUUACGCUCUUUUCAAUCCGAAAUCCAACGGAUCGAGCUCAUAGAAAAGUUGUAUUGUCUUGUUGAAGAACAUCAUUUUUGUUCUUCUGACAAACACUGUUAUCUUCUUGAAGAUUUGAGCAACACUCGGUGAAAAGCAAACAAGGAAAUGAGAAAGCAUCGUUUCAGAGAUAAAAUUAAGUCGAUCAUUGGAAGUCAUAUUGAUCCAGAAAAAGAUGAGGAACUAAAAGGGAGUAAUAAAGAAAUGGAAGACAAUUACAAGAAGAUUCUAGACCUUCUCAAAGCUGAAGACAACGAUGACCGAAACAAACUUAUCGAAUUGAUCGAAGAUUUCCACAAACAUCAUCAAUCAAUCUACGAACGCUACGAUCACAUAACCGGAGAGUUGAAGGACAAAAUUCAUCCAAAGAAAGAAAAAGACUCUUCUUCCUCAUCCAGCUCAGACUCAGAUUCCGACGACAAUUACAGUAAAAAAGGCGGCAAAAAGGGAAAACCAAAUGUCACCGACACAUACAAAGAACAACUCCAAGACGCAAACACACACAUCGACGAGUUGACCAAAAAGUUGACCGUUGCAACCGAAAAGGAAGCUGAAUACGAUCACAAACUUGAAGAACUGAAAGCGGUUAACGUUAAGUUGGAAAAUGAAAAGGAGGGUUUCAAGUCGGAACUUGUUCAGAUGCAGGAGAAAAUGGAAGCAGUAGAAGAAGGGUUAGAAAGCAUAAGUAAGAAACUAGAAGCUUCUGAAGAAGAAAGAAAAGCUCUAUCGGUAAAAGGUUCGGAGUUAUCGGAUGAGGUUAAGAAAAAUCACGAAAAAGUGGAAGAACUUGCUGCUGAAUGUAGUCGUUUACGAGAACAAUUGGCCGAAAAAGAGAAAGAGCUUGUUGAACAUACAGAGCUGCAUACGUCACACAAGAGUGAAACAGAAAUUAAAAUAAGAAGUUUUGAAGAAAAUUUUGAGUCGUUAAACGUUCAGAAACGAGAGACUGAGAUGAAGAAAGACGAAGAGAUAAAGAAUUUGAUUGAUAAAGUCAGCAACUUGGAAAGUCAACUUGAGAAAAGUUGUCAACAGAUUUCGGAUCACGUGAUCGAGAUUGAUUCUGUGAAACAAGAGUUGACUGGUAAAGUAGCAGAUGAACAGAAGUUGCUUGAAGAGAAAGAAGUGUACGUUGAUCGGGUGAAGGAGUUAGAGGAAGAGGUUAGCUCGUUACGUAAACUGAAGGUUGAACUUGAUUCGGAAGUCAACGCGAAAAGUCAAGAAAUUGCGGAGUAUGUUACUCAGAUAGAGAGUUUUAAACAGGAGAUUGCAAAGAUAGUGGAAGAGAAAGAAGUAAAUGAGUCAAAGGUCAAAGAUCUUGAGUCGCAGCUGGAAUCGGUUAACAAUCUGAAAAACGAAGCAGAAUCGCAAAUCGAGAAAAAGGUUCUCGAGAUUUCUGAACUGUCGGUUUUGAUUCAGAGUUUGAAAGAACAACUUGAAAGCAAGUCAAAAGAACAAGAGAAGAGUUUGGAAGAACAAGAAGCGUAUGAGUCAAAGGUCAAAGAUCUAGAAUCGCAGCUCGAAUCGCUAAACAACCUGAAAAGCGAAUCAGAAUCGAACCUCGAAAAAAAGGUUCUCGAGAUUUCUGAACUGUCGGUUUUGAUUCAAAGUUUGAAAGAACAAGUUGAAAGCAAGUCAAAAGAACAAGAGAAGACUUUGGAAGAAAAACAAGCGUAUGAGUCAAAGGUGAAAGAUCUAGAAUCGCAGCUCGAAUCUUUAAACAACUCGAACAAUGCAAUGGAAAUGGAACUUGAGAAAAAGGGUAUUGAGAAUUCGGAGCUUUUAACGCAGAUUCAAAGUCUGCAAGAAGAAGUUGAAAGCAAGUCGAAAGAACAAGAGAAGAGUUUGGAAGAAAAAGAAGCAUAUGAGUUAAAGGUCAAAGAUCUGGAAUUGCAGCUUGAAUCUGUUAGCAGUCUGAAAAACGAAUCAGAAUCCAACCUCGAGAAAAAGGUUCUCGAGAUUUCUGAACUAUCGAUUUUGAUUCAGAGUUUGAAAGAAGGACUUGAAAGCAAGUCAAAAGAACAAGAGAAGAUAGUGGAAGAGAAGAAAGCGUAUGAGUCAAAGGUCAAAGAUCUAGAAUCGGAGCUUGAAUCGUUAAACAACCAAAAAGUUGACCGAGAAAGUCAACUCGAGAAAAGGGAUAUUGAGAAUGCAGAGCUCUUAACUCAGAUUCAAUGUCUGAAAGAAGAACUUGAAGGCUAUGAGUCAAAGGUCAAAGAUCUAGAAUCGCAGCUGGAAACUGUUAACAAUCUGAAAAACGAAUCAGAAUCGCAACUCGAGAAAAAGGCUGUCGAGAUUUCUGAACUUUUAGUUUUGGUUCAAAGUUUGAAAGAUGAAGUUGAAAGCAAGUCAAAAGAACAAGAGUCAAAGGUCAAAGAUCUACAAUCGCAGCUCGAAUCGUUAAACAACAUGAAAACCGAAACCGAAACUCAACUUGAGAAAAAGGGUAUUGAGAACUCGGAGCUUUUAAGUCAGAUUCAAAGUCUGAAAGAAGAACUUGACAGCAAGUCAAAAGAACAAGAGAAGACUCUAGAGGAAAAAGAAGGCUAUGAGUCAAAGGUCAAAGAUCUAGAAUCACAACUCGAAUCGUUAAACAACCUGAAAAGCGAAACGGAAACUCAACUUGAGAAAAAGGGUCUUGAGAUUUCCGAACUAUUGAUUUCAAUUCAAGGUUUGAAAGAAGAACUUGAAAACAAAUCAAAAGAACAAGAGUCAAAGGUCAAGGAUCUAGAAUCACAGCUCGAAUCGUUAAACAACCUGAAAAACGAAACCGAAACUCAACUCGAGAAAAAGGGCGUUGAGAUUUCCGAACUCUUAACCGAGUGUGAAAAUCUUAAACGAGAACUUGACAUCAAAUUGAAAGAACAAGCAAAGACAUUGGAAGAAAAAGAAGAAUGCGAGUCAAAAGUCAAAGAUCUUGAACUGCAGCUCGAAAACGUGAACAACGAGAAAAACGAAUCGACAAUGCAUCUCGAGAAAAAGGGUCUCGAGAUUUCCGAACUUGUGAUCCUGAGCCAAAGUUUGAAACAAGAACUUGAAAGCAAGUCAAAUGAUCAUACAAAGACGCUAGAAGAGAAGGAAGGCUAUGAGUCAAAGGUCAAAGAUCUAGAAUCGAAUAUCGAAUCGUUGAACAACGUGAAAAACGAAUUAGAAACGCAACUCGAGAAAAAAGGUACUGAAAUUUCGGAAAUGUUAGUUGUAACUGAAAAUCUGAAGGAACAGCUAGAAAGCAAGUCAAAGGAUCAAGAACGGACCUUAGAAGAAAAGGAAGGCCUCGAGUCAACGGUCAAAGAUCUAGAGUCAAAGCUCGAGUCGUUAAACGACCUGAAAGCCGAAACCGAAACUCAACUCGAGAAAAAGGGCGUUGAGAUUUCCGAACUCUUAACCGAGUGUGAAAAUCUUAAACGAGAACUUGACAUCAAAUCGAAAGAACAAGCAAAGACAUUGGAAGAAAAAGAAGAAUGCGAGUCAAAAGUCAAAGAUCUUGAACUGCAGCUCGAAAACGUAAACAACGAGAAAAACGAAUCGACAAUGCAUCUCGAGAAAAAGGGUCUCGAGAUUUCCGAACUUGUGAUCCUGAGCCAAAGUCUGAAACAAGAACUUGAAAGCAAGUCAAAUGAUCACACAAAGACGCUAGAAGAGAAGGAAGGCUAUGAGUCAAAGGUCAAAGAUCUAGAAUCGAAUAUCGAAUCGUUGAACAACUUGAAAAACGAAUUAGAAACGCAACUCGAGAAAAAAGGUACUGAAAUUUCGGAAAUGUUAAUUGUAACUGAAAAUCUAAAGGAACAGCUAGAAAGCAAGUCAAAGGAUCAAGAACGGACCUUAGAAGAAAAGGAAGGCCUCGAGUCAACGGUCAAAGAUCUAGAGUCAAAGCUCGAGUCGUUAAACGACCUGAAAGCCGAAUUAGAAACUCAACUUGAGAAAAAGGGUACUGAAGUUUCGGAACUUCUAAUCGUUAUUCAAAAUCUGAAAGAAGAACUCGAAAGCAAGUCAAGCGAUCAUGCAAAAACAGUCAAAGAAAACGAAGUCAACGAGUCAAAGGUCAAAGAUCUAGAGUCAAAUCUUGAAUCAUUAAACAACGUGAAAACUGAAUUAGAAAUUCAACUUGAGAAAAAGGGUACCGAAAUUUCCGAACUCCAAAUCCUGAGUCAAACUCUGAAAGAAGAACUCGAAAGCAAGUCAAAGGAUCAUGCAAAAACAGUAGAAGAAAACGGAGUCAACGAGUCAAAGGUCAAAGAUCUGCAGGACAAGAUUCAAAAGCUCGAAACAGCUUUAGUCGAGAAAGAAAACGAGAUCAAAGAAAUGACAGAACAGAUCCGAUCGAAAGAACAAACCGUUGAGCAACUAGAGGAAGCGAUCGAAGACCUGAAGGGAGAUCUAGAAAUCAAAGGAGACGACGCCACUACUUUGACCGAAACCAUUAGAAACCUCGAAGUCAAAAUCCGUCUCACGAACCAGAAGCUUCGCGUAACAGAACAGACGUUAAGCGAGAAAGAAAGCGAAUACGCAGGCAAAGAGGAAAAGCUGCAUCAAGAAAACAAAUCACUCAUCGAUAAAAUCUCCGCAUUAUCCGAAACCAUCACCGGCUAUAAAGAAUCCGAAGAAAGUGUCAGAAAGACGGUUACACAACAUGUUAACGAGAUAUCAACCGGGAUGGAUUCGUUAAGUGUAAAGUUUGAGGAAGAUCAUGGUCACAUAUCAACGCAGAUUUACGAAAUCAUGAACGAAAUCCAAGUUACAAAGAUCUCGAUGAAGAAGAUGAGUUGUGAGAAAGAUGAUCUGAAGGAAAAAGUUGGAAAGUUGACAAUACAGUUGCGGGAAGUUGAAAGCGAGAGGGAGACACUGAAGAAGUCGGUUAAUGAACUUGAACGGAAAACUAGCGAAAAAGAUGAAAAGAUGAAAGAGCUAGAAAAGCAGCUACAUGUGAAGGAUGAAGGGUUGGUGGAUCUUGGAGAGGAAAAGCGAGAGGCGAUACGACAGCUGUGUAUGUUGGUUGAUUAUCAACGAGACCGUUAUGAUCAUCUGCAUCAACUGAUCUCGAGAAAGCAAACCGCGAGGUAAAUACCGAAAUACGCAUGGAUGCAAUAUGAGUAAAUUGGUUUUUGAUUCUUGGAAAGGUGAAUGACAUAAAGAUUAAAGAGACCAGGUUCAUCUUUUCUCAUGUAUUAUUAUUAUUAUUAUUUGGUAUUUUUUGUUUGUUUGAUGGUAUAUGUUAUUUGUAUCGAGUUUAGGAAAUUACUUGCUAUUUCCUAGUCAUUUGUAUUAUUUAUUCAUUCAGUCAGUCAGUCAUAUUAUUUUGGACAGAUCGAUCUAUGGAAUAUAUAUAUGUUUGUGCUA